CUUGUCGUUACCGUAACCCGCGCUUAUUUUGUAAAUCGAUUACAUAAGUCUUAGGGAUGGUGAUGAGGAAAAUUUAGAAACAGUCCUGGACCAAACAAGGAAACCAUCUACGGCAGAUGAUAGGCCUACUUCUUUAAAGUCAUCUGUUCAGGAAACCCAGGUUUCAUCUUGCUGCAAUCACUAUGCCUCGAAAUGUGGAAAUAAAGGCUCGAGUUAACGAUGUAAAAGAACUGCAUAAGAGGGCAGCUGAGCUUUCCAGCAGUGAAGGAACAGUUUUGGAACAAGAAGACACUUUUUAUAAUUCUCCUCAAGGUCGCUUGAAGCUGAGAGUAAUCAAAGAUACUAAAGAAGAGCUUAUAUACUAUGAAAGGCCUGAUAAGGAUGGACCUAAGUGCAGUGAUUAUGUAAAGAUAGAAUGCACCAAUGGGUUCUUGUCUGGAGAUAUGAAUAAACUUCUGUCAAGAUGCCUGGGCCAGAGAGGUCACGUAAGCAAGACUAGAACACUCUAUUUGGUAGGACAGACAAGAGUCCAUGUGGACAGUGUUGAUAACCUAGGUGACUUCAUGGAGUUAGAGGUUGUUCUUAAUGAUGACCAGACUCUAGAAGAAGGGGAAAAGAUUGCUCGUGAUCUUCAGCAGAAGUUAGGAAUAACUGAAAAGGAUCUUUGCUCAGAAGCGUAUAUGGACAUGAUUCUUAAGAAAUGAACUAAAGUAUGUAGUCUUUAGUUCAUUAUGCACUGUAUUUAGUCUUAUACUAGUAAAACUUUGGCUAUGAAGGUUUUGUGACACCCAGUGUAUUUUUAUUAAAAUGAGAAAUUUU